AUGAACAAUCUGGUCUACGAGUUGGCCCAGAAAGCGGGUGUCCUCGUUUGGUUGGGUCUGAGGUGUUCUGACACUGUAGCGGAAAACUGUCAGUGGGACGAUGGAAAGGGUCCUUCGAGCCCAUAUAAUGCCUUUUACCCAGGAUAUCCCAGCACAGCGGGAAGCUGUGUAUUGAUGAUGAUUGGAGGACAAGCUGAUGGAAAAUGGAUCAGUGGUGACUGCGACAUUAUGCAAAUCGGCUUUGCCUGUCAAAUCACCAAGCAGAACUUCAUCGAAUUCAAUGGUCAAUGCUAUAAUGCGUUCCAACAGCAGCUGUCCAUGAGUGCAGCUGAGUCAAUUUGUGUCGAGCAUUGUGGUCAUCUUGCCUCUAUUCACAACCAAGAUGAAAAUUUGAUGAUCGGAACACUUUUUGAACCGCAGACAAACUAUGCUGCGAUUGGCCUCAAGAGACAAACCAGUGGAACAUAUAACUGGACAGAUCAGUCCUCCUAUGACUUUGACAAUUUCGGUACAAACGAUAAGAUUUUUAAAUAUUGCAACAGUAACCCAGCAUUUGGAGAAUGUGUUGCGAUGUCAUUGGUAAAGGAGCUGGUGAACACAGGACAAUGGAUUACCGUUUCAUGUGGUCAAGCGUUGCCGUUCGUAUGUAAGAGAGCUUUGGACGAUAAUCCGUGUGAGCGAGCACUGCAUAGACCCGAGAGGAGGGUUACGCAAACAGGAACAGGAAGUAAAAGAAAAGACGCAGUCUCACAGAGGAAGUGA